AUGGGCACCGAACCAGAUAAGGCGCGGAAAGAGGAGUCGCCUCCGCCACACGGGCGCGCGACCAUCCUCGAAGUCCAUGGCAUUGAUGACGCCGCCAUCAUCCCCAAGGGCGCUCUCGACCCGGUCUACGAGGCGAAAGCUCGAGUUCUGAAUCGCGCGAUCCAAGAUAUUGGCAUGGGGUGGUAUCAGUGGCAGCUAUUCGUCGUCGUCGGCUUUGGGUGGGCAAGUGACAACCUCUGGCCCAUCGUCACCUCGCUCAUAUUCACUCCCAUCGCAAACGAGUUCAAGCCGACCCGUCCCCCGCUUCUGAGUCUCUCUCAAAACAUAGGUCUGCUGGCUGGAGCCAUGUUCUGGGGGUUCGGCUGCGACAUCUUCGGUCGUAAGAUAGCCUUCAAUCUCACCUUAGGCCUGACUGCAGUUUGGGGAAUGAUCGCCGCCGGGGCUCCCAACUUCGCAGCCAUCGGCAUCUUUGCGGCUUUCUGGUCUUUCGGGGUGGGAGGCAACCUACCUGUCGAUUCGGCCAUCUUCCUCGAGUUCUUGCCAGGCACUCAUCAGUACCUGCUGACGGUUCUAUCCAUCGAUUGGGCUAUUGCUCAGGUUAUCGCGACGUUGAUUGCAUGGCCUCUUCUGGGGAAUCUCACAUGCCAACAGGGCCAGACCUGCACCAAAUCGAACAAUAUGGGCUGGCGAUACUUCAUCGUCACCAUUGGCGGCUUGACCCUCGUCAUGUUUCUCGUCCGUUUUGCUCUCUUCACUAUCUACGAAUCCCCAAAGUAUCUUAUGGGAAAGGGUCGCGACGAAGAUGCCGUCCGAAUAGUCCAUGAAGUCGCGAGGCGAAACGGCAAGAUGACAUCCCUAUCGGUGGAGGACCUGAAGGCUUGCGAGCCAGAGGGAUACGUCGCUCGAACUGAUGCUACCGCCGCGGUAAAACGAAACCUCGAAAAGUUGGAUCUCAGCCACGUACGCGUCCUUUUCUCGACACCGCGACUUGCACUGAGCACAGGCUUGAUCAUGGCUGUUUGGGCUUUGAUCGGACUUGGGUAUCCUCUAUACAAUGCGUUUAUUCCCUACAUCCAAGCAACUCGCGGCGCCGAAAUUGGCGAUGGAAGCACGUAUGUGACAUAUCGCAACAGCUUAAUCAUCGCGGUCGUUGGUGUACCAGGCGCAUUGUUGGGUGGGUGGCUAGUUGAGCUACCUCGACUGGGGCGAAAAGGCACCUUGUCCCUUAGUACAGUCUUGACAGGAGUCUUUCUCUACUGUUCAACGACUGCGCUGACAAGCAACGCGCUUCUGGGUUGGAACUGCGCCUUCAACUUCUCCAGCAACGUCAUGUAUGCCGUCCUCUAUGGGUUCACGCCCGAGCUCUUCCCGACUCCGCAGCGCGGCACUGGCAACGCGCUGACGGCAACUUGCAACCGAAUUUUCGGCAUCAUGGCACCCAUUGUCGCCAUGUUCGCCAACCUCAAGACCUCCGCUCCAGUCUACACCAGUGGUGCCCUGUUCAUCGCAGCUGGGCUUUUGGUGCUCUUCAUGCCGUUCGAGUCGAGAGGCAAGGCCGCUUUGUGA